AUGGGGUGGAGCAGAGCUUCACCGUUUCUAGUCAGCAAGCUUGCAACUCUGGUCACUGGUAGAGCAAAACGAGAGGAUUCGAAUGUCGUCUUCAUUGCUUUAGGCAUGAUUGAACAACUUCUCAACAGCGACAGCGAAACGAUUCAAGAUCUUGUUUUGUCUGAAUUGCCUGCCCAAUCAUUGAUUCGUCAUUUGGAGAAAUCUGACGAAAGAGUUGCCCUGGCGGCCCUCGAAACGAUUCAAGAUCUUGUUUUGUCUGAAGUGCCUGCCCAAUCACUGAUUCGUCAUUUGAGAGAAAUCUGA